AUUUAAAUAUCUACCUUAGCGUAGUAGUUUCAGCUUUUGCGGGCGGCAAAAAAAGGAACUAGAGAAUAUUCGAUGCAAUUUCUUUGUGUUUCCAUUGAAAAUAGAAAUGCGCAUGUCCAAUGCAAUUUAAUUUGAAUGCUGGCGCCACUUCACACCCGCAAAUAGAUCGUGAUUGGCUCAAGGGUUGGACUGGGAAAUAUUUCAUCUAGCAACACAGCCGCCCAAUUGUCAAAACAAAAUGUCUUUUUCUUCGUGUUGAUUCUUCCCUGCAUAUUAUUUUUAGACAUUUUACGUUUUAUCCAAUGCAGUUUUUCCGGAUAGCUCUUUUGAUUUUAAUUUCGAGGUGAUAACCUUCGAAAAUGUUGAUAAGACGGGUGCACAGACGCGAAGUUUCGCGGUGCAUAAGCCUAUUCGGCGCGGGGCACCGUCAUUUUUCGAGUCGCUUAGAUGCCUUAGAUCAUGAAGAGAAGCUGGACGGGUGCUUGGAGAAGUUGCCUUCGGAGGCGAAGGUGGUAAUAUGCGGCGGGGGAGUGAUGGGGGCGGCCGUGGCGUACCACCUGGCGAAAAGAGGCUGGGGCGACAAGACUAUACUUAUCGAAAAAGAGAAAGUCGGGGCUGGCAGCCGCUGGCACUCCUCAGGGCUCAUCGGGGCCUUCAAACCGUCCCUCGCCCAGGUCAAGCUGACGCAGUCCUCCAUCAGACUCCUCCAGGAGUUGGAGACGGCUGGACGGAACACUGGAUGGAAGCAGUGCGGGUCCCUGCUGCUGGCGAGGAAUAGAGAUCGCAUGACGGUGUAUAGGAGGAUGAAGAGUCAGUCCGUUUCAUGGGGCAUCCCUUGCGAGCUAGUUUCUUCCGCUCGCUGCCGGGAGCUCUGCCCCCUCCUGAAUGUAGAAGACAUCUUGGGCGGCCUUUGGAUACCUGGCGAUGGUGUAGCUGACCCUCACCUAGUUUGCAUGGCGCUUAUGAGAGAGGCUGUAGCCAAAGGUGUUGGCGUAAUGGAGAACUGCUCCUUAACCGCCGUGCUCUCCAAAGACGACCGAGUGGCGGGCGUAGAAACCAGCCACGGGUCCAUACAGUGCGAACACUUCGUCAACUGCGCGGGCUUCUGGGCGAGGCAGGUGGGUCAGCUAGCGAAGCCCCAGGUGAAGGUGCCUUUACUGCCGUGCGAGCAUUAUUAUCUGCACACGAAACCGAUUGACGGACUCGACCCUAUGACACCAGUGGUACGAGACCCGGACGGUUACAUAUAUAUGCGGGAGAGGGACGGCUGCAUUCUAGCGGGCGGGUUUGAACCUGUCGCAAAACCUGUCAAUGAGGAAGAAAUCGACACGGCGGCCCAAAGAUGCGUCCAAGAAGACUGGGAUCACUUCCACGUGUUGCUGCAACAGUUGCUGCGCCGCGCCCCGAGCCUCGCGCAAGCUCAGCUGCACAAACUGUGCAACGGACUCGAGGCCUUCUCGCCCGACUGCAAGUGGAUCGUCGGCGAGGCGCCCGAGAUGUUCAAUUACCACGUAGCGGCCGGCAUGAAGACCGUAGGCAUAUCAGCGGCCGGCGGCGUAGCCGAGGCGACCGUAGAACAACUCACGGACGGCUACACGCGCUACGACAUGCACGAGCUCGACAUCAACCGGUUCCUGGGUCUGCACAACAACAAGCGCUUCCUGAGGGACCGGAUCAAAGAGGUGCCUGGGGUCCACUACGGCUUACCGUACCCGUUCCACGAGUUUCAAACCGGUCGUAAUCUGCGCAUGUCCCCCAUAUACCCCACACUACGUGACAACGGGGCCGUGUUCGGCCAAGUCAUGGGGUACGAGCGGCCCACGUGGUUCGAGCCCGUCGAAAAAUCGCCCGACGACACGUUAAAGCCGCGUCCGUUCAAGAUCGCCUACACGAUGACGUUCGGCAAACCGCACUGGUUCGACACAGUACAGCGCGAGUACUGGGCCUGUAGGGAGGCCGUCGGCCUUGCGGAUUACUCCUCCUUUACGAAGAUAGACCUGCAGUCGAAAGGCCGCGAGGUUGUCGACCUGCUCCAAUACCUGUGCUCUAAUGACGUGGACGUGCCUGUCGGCUCCAUCAUACACACGGGCAUGCAAAACGAGAGGGGCGGAUACGAGAACGACUGCAGCUUAGCCAGGAUAUCGGACAACCAUUACAUGAUGAUCGCUCCGACGAUCCAACAGACGCGCUGCAAGGUGUGGAUAAAGCGCCACCUGCCCCGCGACGGCUCCGUCACGCUGUCCGACGUCACGCCGAUGUACACCGCCAUCUGUGUCAUGGGGCCCUUCACUAGGAACCUGAUGUCCGAGCUCACAGACACGGAUCUGUCGCCGAGUAACUUCCCGUUCUUCACGUUUAAGGAGCUGGACGUGGGUCUGGCGAACGGCAUCCGAGCCAUGAAUCUCACUCACACUGGGGAACUGGGCUACGUACUCUACAUACCUAACGAGUUCGCGCUGCACGUUUACCAGCGCAUCAUGGCGGCCGGCGCCAAGUAUGGCAUAAGCCACGUCGGCUACUACGCGUCGCGCGCGCUCCGCGUCGAGAAGUUCUUCGCCUUCUGGGGCCAAGACCUGGACACCACCACCACGCCCUUAGAGUGCGGGAGAACCUGGCGUGUUAAAUUCCAGAAAGACAUCCCCUUCAUUGGUCGCGCGGCGCUCGAGCGCCAACGGUCCGAAGGCAUCCGACGGCAAUACGUACAACUGUUACUGACGGACCACGAGCACGAGCUGGACCCGUGGUGCUGGGGCGGCGAGCCCAUCUACCGCGACGGCGUGCAGUGCGGCUCAACCACCACCACCAGCCACGGGUUCACCUUCAAGAAACAGGUGUGUCUCGGCUUCGUCCAAAACCUGGACGAAAAUGGCGUCGCGCAACGCGUCACCAACGACUAUGUACUCGGCGGACAUUACGAAGUGGACAUCGCCGGGAUCAGAUACGCAGCCAAAGUGAAUCUGCACUCCCCCAACCUGCCCACCAAGUACCCUGACAAGGAGCGCGACGUGUACCAGGCGACCAGGAAACAUGAGCAGCACCUGGGCAGGCACUACCAACCCUAGUUUUACAGUGUAUGUUGGUGCAACUUACCGUAAACUUGUCGGAAACUUUUUCAAAAGUUUUUAGCAAAAAAAUAAUUUUUGGUAUAAGCUUUAAUCGCUGACUUUACUUUUAUUUCCACAGGCAACUAAUACUCAUCGAGACAUUUCUAAAAACUUGAAACAAUUAGGUUGCGUUGUUUUAUCUCGGAUUACCUAUGACCACCAUCUGUCUCAAUCAUCAGAUCAGCUCGAUGGUAACAUAUAAGCUUGUUAACAGGAAUUCCUAAUUUGAAUAGUUCCGCGUAGAACGUGAAAUAUUUCCGAAGUUUCCGUGUUAAGUUUGUUAAGCGAUUUCAAAAACUUUCGGUGUAUACAAUCGGUAUUUGUACAUAAUGUACAUACAUGGUUACUGUGUUUAGUAACAUGAUAACUAAAAACGGAGAAGGCUAGAGUCGGACCAGGAUAACUCUGCAUGACAUUUGCAAUUACAAAGUGUGACAAUGUCAAAUUUCUAUGGAAAAACAUCAUUUAUUAUGACACUUUCGCACUUUGUUCUAUUCAAAUCGGUGCAAUGUUAUCUUAGCAGAUUCACCGUUGAGCUACGGUCGUAGCCGAUAACAUGGCUUUCCCGGUAUGUAGCGGAAAUGCUUCAGUAAGGCAAAACGACAACGUGUCGUUUUUAGCGGGUUGGCAAUUUAUAUUUUUGCAAUCUCUGUUAGGAUUAGAGUAAAUAUUUAAAAUGUAUAUUAUCAAUUUAUCAUUGUUUGAUAUCUACGAGUAUAUUAUCAAUAGCAAAUUUGAAUUGUAUAUUUGUAAAAUAAAAAUCAGAACCUGAAAUAUCGAAAAUGUUGUGUCCUUAAAUAUCAAAUUGCGUUCUCUGUCUAAUGGCUGCUUGCACCAGGCUAAUGGAUUAUUCACCUUAUUCAUAAAUACGGUACAAGCCGAGGGUUGCCAUAUAUAUCAAACCUAAAGUUACUUAUAUGACAUUAGCAGUGAUCGGAACUAUGGGAGUAAAACUUUAACAAAACUUAUCAAGCGGACGUAAAAAGAGUGCUUAUAGCCUUAAAAAUAUUCGAAUAUCUAUGAAUGUAAAUAUUUUUAUGGCUGUAAGUACUAUACUAUUCCUAUCCCUAUGGACAUGAAUAUUUUUAGGGCUGUAUGCACUAUUUUAUGUCCGCUUAACAAGUUUUGUUAAAGUUUUACUCCCAUAGUUCCGAUCACUGGACAUUAGGUAAAGUAGCACAACACAUCAUUACCGAAAUCGUUAUUAAUUAGGUUUUUAAUGUUUCUUGCCCUUGCUUCUUGUUCUGUUUUGUGAGGCAUAGAGAUUGAUAGAAAAAAUGCUGUAACACAUAUUUAUUCCAUGAUUAGUAGAUAGCCUAUAAAAAUGGUGUUUAAAUACCUGUUUUGGUCACACAUCGGGGUUUUUGGCGCGGGAAUUAUUUCGUGUAUUUACAAAGUUUAUUGUAAAAUAAUUAUCAAACUAUGAAUUUAACAGUAGGGAGUGAAUUCCAAAUGUGCUUAGAAAUGUUAAAAUAGAAUUGGUUAUUACCUAUUUUUAGGCUGGUGUAAAACAUUCCCGCACCAAAAACUCAGAUGUAUGAUGAUGCGAUAAAAUUCCAUAUGUGACGUUAUCUAUGAAAAGGGACCUUAUUGUCGAUGGCGCUUCCGCCGUCAUACAAAUAUAACGAUGCUUCGAUACAAAUAUAACGCUGCGCGACGCAGUGCGGCGUAAGCGUCAUCGACAAUAAGGUACCUUUUCAUAGAUAAUGUCACAUAUAAUGAUUAUUUUAUAUUGUGACCCCGGGGACCUAACUAUGUAAAACGUAAUCGCGCUCUAUGAACAGAUGCACAGAAGUAGUUGAUUUUUCCCAAUUUCAGUUUGGUGCAACAGACCUUACUAAAACAAUACUAAAUGAAAAUGCUUAAAUUCAGUAUUCAAGUCAUUAUAACUGUUUAUUAAAAAAAAAAAAAAAAUUUUUUUCUCUUUUUUUAUAUAUACAGCAAACUUUUCACUAUAUCUAAUUAUACAUUUUAAUUGAAACCAGCGUUUAAAGACAUAGUGUGCAGUAACAGCCCAAAAAGACCGGGGCCUGUGCUAGGGCUGGUUACAAUAUAUUAUGUGACCCAAGUUUAGAGAGCGAUCGGAUUUUGGAUAAGUGAUAUUGAUUUGUUGAUUUAUAAUAUAGGUAUAUAUUAUAUAUAAGAAUAUGACGCCGAGCGUCAAUCUUGCCUUAUUAUGGAUUAGCUCAAAUUAAAUUGUAUUAUUAGUUGAAAUUUAGCAAUAAAAAGCCAAUUAUGUGUAAGUGUCAAUUUUAAUAGGUGAUUAAUAAAUUUUAGAUACGA